CUAGCCUGACCGCCGCCAUGAUGCUGUACCUGAUCCUCCUCAUCACUGCCGUCUGCAGCUCCGUCUGUGGGACAUCGCAGGACACACGGCACCUUCCAUGGAGCACCUCCGACUUGUGCCUCAUACGGAAAGGAUGCCAAGGAAUCGCUCUGACCAAGCCGAGCCCCGAUGUCACGUUUCCGAUGAAGGACCUGUGCAGAGCUGCGGGGAGCAUGCUCAGUUCACUCGACCCCGACAUCUGUGAAUCGCUACUGGCUGUGGAAAGAGAGGACCAAGCAGACAACGACAAGCCUUAUCCAGGCGACUCGGACAGCCAGCCUCCUCAGCCAGACCUGGUUUCCCUGGCCCUCAGCGGGCGCACAAAUUACUUUUCCGUCUGUUCUGACAUCCACACUGCCCUGUCCCUGUUCAAUGCUGUGUCUAGUGGUGUCCACGACAUCAUGCCUGUAGGUCUGACCAGCCCGAUCUCUGUAUACUGUGAUCAGACCACAGAUGGGGGAGGGUGGACGGUCAUACAGAGGAGGUUUGACGGGUCUAUCGACUUUAACCGACCUUAUAACGCCUUUGUGCACGGGUUUGGGUCAGCCAAUGGUGAAUAUUGGAUGGGGUUGGAGAAUAUGUACCGGUUAACCAGUCAAGACGCGUACGAGUUGUACAUAGAGCUUGAAGAUUGGUCCGGCGUGGUCAAGUACGCCAAGUAUUCGUCAUUCUCGGUGGGGAGUAGUGGUUCUAACUAUCGCCUUUCUGUCGGUGGGUACAGCGGGACCGCUGGGGAUGGGUUCUACUUAUCACAGUCAUCAUCAUACGGUUACAACCUAUCGGGUCAUUCCUUCAGCGCUAGGAAUGCAGACCGUGAUUCCACUAUCGCGUCGUGUGCUGUUGACUACACUCGCUGGACGGGAGGGUGGUGGUACAACGGCUGUGCUGGAUCUGCCCUGAACGGCCCGUACCUGCGCCCCUCUGACCGUACCAGUUACAGUGGCGCCGGCAUCUAUUGGCGCCCGUUUGGAGGCUCCUAUAGCUCAUAUCUGAAAAAGUCCAAAAUGAUGGUCCGUCCUGCCAACUUCCAGCCUUGAGGUGCCGGACACUGACCCAGCUGACAGGUCGAGGAUUCAAAACAAAGUGUUCACGUUUGAGCAAACCAUCUUCCCACUCUCACUGUCAAUUUUUCUUGAAUAUGUGAAAUCUCAAAACUUAUA